UUGAAGCUUGCAGGCUUGCAGCUUGUGUUCUGCUCCGAGAAAGAUGUCAUGCUCUUCGAGAACCUCUGUUUCAAAAGGCAAGCUUCAAUCUUUAUUCACAAACCCAGAAAGACCCAUUUCUUCAGAUACAACCAAGCUUCAAUCUUUGUUCAGAAACCAAGUUCACUCUUCAAAUCCCACAACUUCAACCGAAACCCCAAUUCCAAGUGUUCCAAACCAAACCCCACUUGAAACUUUCCUCCAUACAAACUGUAAGUCUGGUAAUUUCACUCUCAAUGAAGCACAUCACUAUUUUGAGUACAUGAUUCAUAUGCAACAUGUUCCUCCAAUGGCGUCAUUCAAUCGAUUAUUUGGUGGACUUGCCAAGAGUAAGCAUUACUCUCAUGUUUUCUCAUUUUCAAGUAAGUUAAUGUCUUCUGGGUUAUUGCCUGAUUUCAUUACGCUUCAUAUUUUGCUGAAUUGCUUUUGUAAUGUGAAACGGGUUUGUGAUGGUUUCAUGGUUCUGGGAAGUAUAAUUAGGAAGGGCUGUAGACCCAGUGCUGUGACUUUUACUUCUUUGAUUAAAGGGUUGUGUAUGGAGGAUAGGACUGAUGAGGCAUUGAGGUUGUUGGAGAAAAUGGUCAAGUUUCAGUGUCAGCCUACUGUGAUGACUUGUGGUACUUUGAUUAAUGGGUUGUGCAGAGCAGGCAAGACUAGUGUUGCACUUAGGUUACAUGAAGACAUGGCCAAGGGGAAUGGCGGAUUUGGUGUGUUUUGUAAGCCGAAUGUGGUGACUUAUGGGAUUAUUAUCGAUAGGCUUUGUAAGGAUGGCAUGAUAGAUGAGGCAAAAGAGCUUUUCUUAGAAAUGAAAAAUAGAGGGAUUCUUCCUGAUGUAGUUGUGUAUAGUGCUCUGAUUCAUGGUUUGUACUAUAACGGAAAAUGGGAAGCGGGUAAAGUGUUGUUGCAUGAGAUGGUUAAUUGCGGUAUCAAGCCUAAUCUGGUGACGUUCAAUGUGCUAAUAUCGGCACUUUGCAGAAGGGGAAAUAUGCAAGAGAGCAGGGAUUUGGUAAAGCUUAUGAUACGAAGAGGCAUUAGUCCUGAUUUAGUUACAUACAACACAUUGAUAGAUGGCUUCUGUUUGGUGGGUUGCCUUAAUGAAGCGAGAGAACUGUUUCAUACUAUGUCAAGGAGAGGGUGUCCACCUGAUGCUGUUAGUUACAAUGUGUUGAUAAGUGGAUACUGCAAGUAUUGGAAGAUACAGGAAGCCGUCAGUGUUUACGAGGAGAUGAUGUGCAAAGGAGUUAGGCCAACACUAGUAACAUAUAAUGUCUUAUUAACUGGUCUGUUUAAGUUAGGAAGAGUUCAAGAUGCACAAAAGCUAUUUGCUGAGAUGCAAACUCAGAACAUCCUACCUAAUUCAUCAACAUAUAAAAUAUUGUUGGACAGGCUUUGCAAAAAUGAUCGUUUACAAGAGGCAAUGGAUAUAUUUCAUACUUUAGAAAAUAACCGCAGUUGUGAACUAAGUGUUGAAAUUUUCAAUUCACUUAUUAAUGGGUAUUGUAAGGCAAAGAAGCUUGAAAUUGCGUGGGAUCUAUUUUGCAAAAUGUCAGAAAAAGGCCUGGUACCAGAUGUUGUAACAUAUAGCAUGAUGAUUCACGGGCUCUGUAUAGAAGGGCAACUCGAAAAGGCAAAUGGUUUGUUUUUGGAAAUGGAAGGAAAGGGUUGUGCUCCAAACAUUGUCACUUAUAAUACCCUUAUGCGUGGUUUUUGCCAAAAUAAUGACUUUGAAAAGGUUGUUGAACUUCUUAAUAAGAUGUCGGAAAGAAAUCUGUCACCAGAUGAUUCGACAACCUUCAUUGUAAUAGACUUGCUCUUGAAGGAUGAAAGCUAUCGGAAAUGUUUGGACUGGCUUCCAAGAUUUCGUGCCAGUAGCCAAUUGAAAGGUGAGGCAACAAACUUAAAGUAGCUUGCAUGAUUUUGAGUCAUUGAUCCUGACAUAAGUUCUUCUGAUUCUGGUUACUCACACAUUUAACCAGAUAUUACAAAUAAGGAAAUGGCAUUUGCCAAUUGCCAUUGUCUCGAUUGCCAACUGUUAUUGCAUCAUGUUCAAAAUUCUGCAGCUGUGGAAAAAAAUGAGACUAAUGGUGUAAUGUGAUAGUUUUGAAUACAUUAGUGGACCAGCCUGUGGGUGAAUUGCAAGAAUUUAGGUUGCAAAGAAGCAAGAUAUAGUGCUCAUGCUGUACAUAUUAGAAGUUCAUGGUCUACGCCAUGGUGUUAAGUUGAAUAAUUGCCUACCUGUGUUGUUCUAUAGACUUCGUUCCAAUGCUGUUAUCUGCUAAGUUGUAGUAAUCAGUCCAUCCCCUAAUCUGCUUGAUAAUGUUGCAAUACACGUUCUAAGUUCUUUCCACUGCAUUCGUACACAUUCAGCAUCUAAUAAUAGAUCAG